AUGGCUGAUUUUCCUGCUGUAGAGAACGGACAGAUUUCCUUUAAGAAUCGUGUCGUCGUCGUCACCGGUGCCGGUGGCGGCCUCGGUAAGACAUAUGCUCUUUUCUAUGCGUCGCGUGGCGCUAAAGUGCUCGUAAAUGACCUGGGUACUACGCCGGAUGGCAAGAAGGCCGCCGAUCUUGCUGUGGAGCAAAUCACCCAGGCUGGUGGCGAGGCCAUCGCCAACUAUGACUCGAAUACACAAGGCGCCAAGAUCAUUCAACAGGCCAUUGACAAGUGGGGCCGUGUGGAUAUUCUCAUCAACAACGCAGGUAUUCUUCGUGACAAGUCUUUCAAAUCUAUGAGCGACAAGGAGUGGGACCAGGUGAUGGCCGUGCACGUCCACGGCUCGUUUGCCUGCGCACACGCUGCUUGGCCUCACAUGCGCAAGCAGAAAUUCGGUCGUAUCAUCAAUACAUCGUCGGCUGCGGGUCUGUAUGGCAACUUUGGUCAGGCCAACUACUCGGCCGCCAAGCUUGCACUGGUAGCUUUCAGCAAAACGCUUGGUAUUGAGGGCGAGAAGUACAACAUUCUUGCCAACUCGAUUGCGCCUGUCGCUGCUUCCAAGAUGACGGAAACGGUGAUGCCGCCAGAGAUGCUCGAGAACCUCCGCCCCGAAUUUGUGGUCCCGAUUGUAGCAUACCUUACGUCCGCUGAGAACAAGGACGUGAACGGUGAGGUGUUUGAAAUGGGUGCUGGCUUUUACGCUAUGCUCCGCCGCCAGCGCUCGCACGGCCAUGUAUUCCGCACGGACCAGACCUUCACACCUGAGGCUGUGCGUGAGCAGCUCAACACCAUCCUCGACUUUGACGAACGCCCCGAGUAUCCUAAGCGCAUCACGGAUGCCAACUACCUCGACCUGCUCGAGCGUGCCAAGGAGGCCCCUGCCAACGCCCAGGGCGACAAGAAGAUUGACUACCAGAAUCAGACUGUGCUGGUGACGGGUGCCGGCGCCGGUCUUGGUCGUGCAUACGCUCAACUCUUUGCUCGUCUCGGCGCUAAUGUGGUCGUGAACGAUAUGAGCGAGAAGGCAGCUUUGGCUGUGGUGGACGAGAUUAAGAGCGCCGGUGGCCGUGCGGCUCCCAGCGUCGGCAGCGUCGAAGACGGUGAGAAGCGUGUGCAAGACGCCGUAGACGCCUUUGGUGGUCUCCAUGUCAUUGUGAACAAUGCCGGUAUUCUGCGUGACAAGUCGUUCGCCGGUGCGAAUGAGAAGGACUGGAACCUUGUGAUGAAUGUGCACCUGCGUGGUACGUACAAGGUGUGCAAAGCUGCCUGGCCCAUCUUCUCGAAGCAGAAGUACGGUCGUAUCAUCAACACCACGUCGGCUGUGGGACUCUAUGGUAACUUUGGUCAAGCGAACUACUCGACCGCCAAGUCGGGUAUCCUUGGUCUGACGCAAACGCUGGCCGUGGAGGGUGAGCGGAACAACAUUCUUGCCAACACGAUCGCUCCCAACGCCGGCACAGCGAUGACGGCUACGAUCUGGCCACAGGAGAUGGUCGAUGCUUUCAAGCCCGACUUUGUGGCUCCUUUGGUCGCUUACCUCGGUAGCAACGAGUGUGAAUGCACCAAGAGUCUGUUUGAGGUGUCCGGUGGCUGGAUCGCCGCUGUGCGCUGGGAGCGCUCCGGCGGCUGCGCAUUCUCGACGGCGCGUCCCGUCACGCCUGAGAUGAUCCAGAAGAAGUGGGCCAAGAUCACCGACUUUGACCCUGAGCGUGCCUCGUGGCCCGCGGCGCCUAGCGAGUCGCUUGGCGACAUGAUCUCGAACUUUGGCAACGAGGAGCCCGAUGACGACGCCGAAGACUUUGUGGACCCCGAGGACACGCCUGAGAUCAAGCAGGCCAAGCAAACGGACUACGAGUCGACCGAGUUUGCGUACGAGGACCGUGAUGUGAUCCUGUACAAUUUGGGUGUGGGCGCCACGGAGAAGGACCUCGACCUCGUAUUUGAGCAGGCAGAUGAAUUCAAGGCGCUUCCGACGUUCGGUGUGAUUCCGCCUUUCUCGGCGGGCAGCAGCAUUUCGUUUGACUCGUUCUUGCCCAACUUCUCGCCGAUGAUGCUUCUGCACGGCGAGCAGUACCUGGCCAUCAAGGGUCCGAUCCCCACGUCAGGUGUCCUGGUGAAUAAGCCUCGUGUCAUUGAGGUGCUUGACAAGGGCAAGGCUGCUGCUGUGACGACGCUCACCACAACGGUGAACAAGGCCACGGGCGAGACGGUGUUUGAGAACCAGAUGACGACGUUCAUCCGUGGCUCGGGUGGCUUUGGCGGCAAGAAGACAGGCCGUGACCGUGGCAACGCUUCGGCAGCCAACAAGCCGCCGUCGCGUCCUGCCGACAAGGUUGUGAAAGAGAAGACUAGCGAGUCGCAGGCUGCUCUGUACCGCUUGAGCGGCGACCUGAACCCUCUGCACAUUGACCCGAGCUUCGCUGCUGUGGGUGGCUUUGACAAGCCGAUCCUGCAUGGUCUAUGCUCGUUUGGUAUCGCUGGCAAGCACGUGUUCCGUGCCUUUGGUGCGUUCUCCGACAUCAAGGUGCGUUUCACGGGCCAUGUGUUCCCUGGUGAGACGCUCGAGACCUCCAUGUGGAAGGAAGGCAACAAGGUCAUCUUUGUGACCAAGGUGGUGGAGCGUGGUACGAUGGCUCUGGGCGCUGCUGCCGCCACCCUCGCUUAA